GCAAAGGUACAGAAAAGGAAAAGGAGUUAGUAGCAGUAAAAGCUCAAACCGUACAACCUUCUCAGUGCAGGCAUUGGCUUCAGACACCAACUCCUCUCUGGCCUUGAUAGUAAAGAAAAAAUUAUUACUUUUUUCUCUAUUGUUUUUUACAGUCUUUUUAAUGCGCUCUCUUCUUUUAGUUUAUGGGUUUCCGUAGUUUUGUCAGAGACAAGAACUGCCAGGCAGCUUACCUGCAGCAGCAUCAGAGAGGUUCAGACAUCAUAUAAGCAGAGAGAGAGAGAGAGGUGGCAGCACUGUUAUGAGAACCAUUAGUUUUAUCCAUGUACAGAAGAUUCUGCAGGCUAAUGGUCCCUGAAAUAAAUAUACCUACUCUACUCUCCAAGCCAUUUAGUAAUAAUAACUACAAGUAAUAAACCACACACAUUCACUCUCCCCAACACACAAAACCUGCUUCUUCCCUUCUUUCUUUCUGCAACUGUCCCUGCUCUUUCACUUCACUGUUAAAGCUUAAAAACAAGCUCUUUUACAUUUUCCUUAUCUUUCUUCUCUUUUUGAGACUUGUCUCUUCUCCUUCCUCUUCUUUUCUCUUCCAGGGUAAUAUGAUAAUGAGUGGAGGAAACAGGUUUCCCUUCACUGCAUCCCAGUGGCAAGAGCUUGAGCAUCAAGCCCUAAUCUACAAGUACAUGGUUUCAGGCAUCCCCAUCCCUCCCGAUCUUCUUUUCACCAUCAAAAGAAGUGGCUGCUUGGACUCUUCACUCUCUUCAAAGCUCUUUCCUCGCCAACCUCCACAUUUUUCCUGGGGCUGUUUUCAGAUGGGUUUGGGAAGGAAAAUAGAUCCAGAACCGGGGAGGUGCAGGAGAACUGAUGGAAAGAAAUGGAGAUGCUCAAAAGAAGCAUACCCAGAUUCUAAGUACUGCGAGAAACAUAUGCAUAGAGGGAAGAACCGUUCAAGAAAGCCUGUGGAAGUUGCAACACAAUCAAUAACAGCACCAACUGUCUCAUCAAUCACCAGAAACCACUCUAAUAAUUCACUACUAACAACAUCCCCCCACUCUCUUUCGUUAUUGUCACCUGAGACCCACCACCAGAAUCACCUUCACUAUCCUGCUCCUGCAGGUUAUCAUGCCCAUCCAAAUCAUCAAUUCUUGUCUUCUUCAAGACCCCUUGGGAUUGGUCUGUCCCCUCAUGAAAAUCCUACUCACUUGCUUUUGGACUCUGGUGGUUCUUCUCUGGCCCAUACAGAUUACAGAAGAAACAGGAAUGUUUAUGGGCUGAAAGAGGAGGUUGAUGAGCAUGCUUUCUUCUCAGAACCUUCAGGUUCUAUGAGAAGCUUGUCCGGUUCAUCUUUGGAUGAUGCUUGGCAACUCACCCCACUCACAAUGAACUCUUCUCCUUCUACUACUAACUCUUCAAAGCAAAGGAGUUUGUCUAGUUUACACAACGAAUAUUCUUACUUGCAGCUUCAAAGCCUGAGUGAUCACGAUACCCCAAAACAACAAAAGCAGUAUCAACAUAACUAUCUUCUGGGAAGUAGUGAUGUAGACAGUCUAGGGCCCAUAAAAAUGGAGAAGGAAAAAUCCCAAAAGACUGUUCACCGUUUCUUUGAUGAAUGGCCACCAAAGGAUAAAGAUUCAUGGCUUGAUUUGGAUGACAAAUCAUCAAAAAGUGCAUCAGUUUCAGCAACCGGGCUCUCAAUAUCCAUUCCCUCCUCUCAUGACUUUCUUCCAAUCUUCAGUUCAAGAACUAAUAAUGAUGGUUGAUUUUACUCUGGUGGGUUUCUGGCCCAAGAUGUACUUGGUGGGAGUGGGGGGGUCACCGCCUUCUGUCAAGAGGCCUCAGAAUUGCUGAACUCUUUUUUGGUUUUUUCUGCAAAAUGUGAUUGAGAUUGGAUUAAAUGUGUGUUUAUUAAUGAAGAGUAUCCAAUGUCUUUUGCUU